AAAAAAUAAAGUAUGAACUGUAUAGUUAAAACAUGUAAAAAAUCGUUUGGAAAUAUCGAAUCACUUCGAAAUCAUUUAAAACAUGUACACAAUAAGAAAAAAACUGAUAUUUAUGAAUGUUCAGUCAGGGAGUGUAGAAAAAGUUUCAAUUUGGCUUCAAAUUUCUACAAGCAUUUGGAAAUCCAUAGCGAGAUAAUUUCAUCCAACGAUUGCAAUAAUAGUUCAGCUAGUCAUCAUAUUAUUAUUGAAGAAGUUCAAGAACUCGAAACCCAAAUCCUUCAUGAAACGAAUACGUGUGUGGCUAGGAAUGAUAAUUCAAAUAAAAGUCCACAAAAUGAAAUCCCUGCAGAUCUGCCUCAGGACUUCGAUGAUAUGUUUUUUUAUUUUUUGACAUUUAUGCACUCUGAGAGCUCAAUGUCAAUAAAACUUUCAACGAGCAUCUUCAACAAAUUUAAAACAGAUAUUUUGAGUAAGAUUUUGGACCAUACAACUAAAGACAUAAAAGAUAAGAUUGAAAAAUCUGUUGAAAAGUGCUCAACAUUCUAUAAAUACAAAAAAGAGUUAAGCAAACGAAACUGCAUGUCAGAAGCAACGCAAAGAGUUAUUAAUGAACGUACUGGAUUCCAAUUUAAACAUGGAAGACCACAUUAUGGAAGCAUUAAAGAAAAAGUCACAAUGAUGCCAAUCAAACAACAAAUCAAAACCUUUUUGGAACUUCCAACUAUAUUAGAUACAAUAAUUGAAAAUAUGACUCGACUAGAAAGCGACAGUACACAUAUAAAAAACUUUGUUCAGGGAAAUAUAUGGAAAGAGAUUAAGAAAAACUUUGAUAAGGAGGAUAUUGUUCUUCCAUGUUUCAUAUAUCACGAUGAUUUUGAGCCGGACAAUCCAUUAGGUAGUAAUGCUGGAUCAAAUAAAAUUGCUGCAUUUUACUACAGUUUUCCAGUUCUUCCAGAGCAUCUUUUAUCGUCACCAAAAUAUGUGUUCGAUGCAUUACUAUUUUCAUCGCACUUAAAAGGAGAACAUGUUGAAAGUGCAUUAAUACCACUCAUCCAAGAGUUCCGAGACCUAGAAACAGAAGGCAUUGAAUUGUUGAUAAAUGAUAGAAAAGUUAAAAUAUAUAUCGUUGCUUCAUUAUUGCUUGGAGAUAAUCUUGCUCUAAAUGAAAUUCUUGGUUUUUCAAAAAGUUUCAACGCAACAUACUUCUGCCGUUUUUGUAAAACUGAAAAAAAAAUAACUGCCACAAAAAGUUCACUACAAGGAGACAGAACAAGAGAUUUAUUAACGUAUGAAGACGAUCUACAAAAACAACAAUUUGGUGUUAUUAAUAGCUGUCCACUUAGUGAUUUGAGAUAUUUUCAUCCAAUUAAAAACUUUUCAUGUGAUAUUAUGCAUGACAUAUUUGAGGGCAUCACACGGUAUGAUCUAGCAUUAUUUUUCCAUUAUGCUGUUUAUGAAAAAAAAAUUUUCAAUUUGUGGACCUUAAACAAGUUGAAGCAGGAGUUUGACUACGGUUCAAUUGAAAUUGGAAAUAUGGGACCAGAGAUAUCAGAGACACAAAUUAAAAAUUUUUCUUUAAUGAUGAGUGCGUCGGAAAUGAAAACAUUCUUACAUUUUUUACCUUUAAUGUUCGGACAUUUAUUCAAAAAUAAUGUACAUACUAAAAUUUGGAAAUUAGUCCUUCAACUGGUUGAUAUUGGAGACAAACUCAUGAAACGUUCGAUGGAACAUAAUGACGUCAAUUACCUACAGAUACUAAUUAGUGAAUAUAUAGAGAAUAGACUAAUAUUAUUCAAAAAGAAUUUAAAACCAAAACAUCAUAUUAUGUUGCACUAUAGAGAUUGCAUUUUAAAUAGUGGACCUAUACGUCACUUAAUGUGUUUUCCUCAUGAACAGAAAAACAGAGUCGUGAAAAAGUAUUCCAAAGUAUGUCAUCAAAGAGUAAAUUUGUCAUGGUCUUUGAUGUACAAAAGUGUAAUGAGUUUUAACUUGUUUUUAAAAGAACACAGCAAUGGCUUUCCAUCAAACAUUUUAUGUGAUUUAAAAUCUAAACCCACCAACGUUGAAGAUUUAUUGAACAAAGAAUACAACGCCUUGGAAAUACUCAAAAGUGGUGACAAAUUCUACAUUCUGAAAUGGAUAAAAUAUAAAGGAACAUUGUACAAGCGUGACUUUUAUAUGGCUUUGCACAUAGAUGAACUUAGAUGCUUUAAAAUUGUAGAUGUUUUAAGAAAAAAUGAUUUAUAUUAUCUUAUCCUCGAAGAGUUUCAAAUACUUUAUUAUGAAAACAAAACAUUGAGCUAUUAUGUUGGCGAAUCUUUAAAAAUAUUCAUUGCAAAAGAAAUUGAAGAUUUCUUGUAUUUUCCUUUUCAAAUUCAUUCAACUUUUGAAGGUAAAAAAGCUUUUAGAUUUUUCAAUAAAAAAACAUCUCUCGCUGUGAAUUUAGUUAAAAUAAUUACACUAAUAGUUAUGUAUCGUGCUAAAAAGCCAUUAAUUCAACAGGAAAAUAGUGAUGAAAAUCUCGUUGAAGAAGUGAUUGAAAGAGAAGGCUCAACUUACAACACAGAUUUAGACCAUAAUUUCAAUGAAAAUGGAAUGGAAGAAGUAAAUGAAGUGCUUCAUUACAUUGGCUAUCCAGAGUUACAACAGCUUUUCUAUCAUGAAAAAAUUGAUAAUGAAGUCUUGGCCAAUUUAAAUCAGAAUGCAAUAAUGAUGCUUUUACGUGAAUACCCUAUUGGAAUCCGUAUCAAGUUUUACUUCAAGUUAAGAACAUUCCUAGAAAGUAUCCAAGGAAACCAAUAUAACAUUGGUAGUUUUCCAAGCUCAAAAAGUUUAUCAUCUAAUGUUUCGUCUUUGAAUGAUAAGCUUGUCUUGGACGAUAGAAGUGUGUUUAACAUUUUAAACGAAACGGACGAAGGAAAGCGAUUCAUUAGAAAACAUCCUUUUAAUAAAGCUUUAAACGUGAAGGCAAAGGCUGAACUUUCUGGAAUAAUUUGUGGAGUUGUACUAAAUGAAGGUCUCAAAAUCGGACGGAAGGAAGCCAAAUUAUUGUCAGAGUCAAUUUGUGCUAUUUAUGAAAAAGAAGAUCCAAAAAGUUACUUCGAUGGUAAAAUUGGAGUCUUAUAUUCUAAAGCUGUUUAUCUUGGAAAUAAGCUUAAGGAUAAAAUUGUUGAUGAACCCGCGAAGAAAAAGCAAAGACUUCUUUCAGUUACAGAAAUGGAAUUUUCUGUUGAAGAAGUGAAUUCCGAUGAUUUUGUGCGUUCAAAUUGGGAUCUUGGAUUCCGUAAGAGAUCGCAUUUCAUGAAGAGUCACAAUGAUUGCAAUUUGAAAGACAUCAUUAAUGUCUACAAAAGUUAUAGUCGUAGUGACGGAUAUUUUUUGGUGGAUUCAGAUUUCAAUUCGUUGUGUCCUAAUGUUUUAUUUGAGGAAAAUUGGAGUCGAUUAAAAACACAACUGUCCAAAGUAUUGUCUAAAAAUAUAGCAAACCAGAGAAUCAUAUCAAAGUUAGAUAUGAUUGAUGAUAUGUCUGAGGAAUCAAAGUCAAUAACAGUUUUGUAUGGUCUACAUGGAUUUUUGUACUCUCGUAGUAAUACACACAUUAGAGAAACAAUUGAAGACAGUUUCGAGCAGAUGAUCAGCAUUAUUCCAAGUGAAGGCUCUUUAAAGAUUAAGCUUCAGAGUCUCCGUGAAAAAAUUCAAUUAAAAAAGCAAACUCUUCAGCCGGUGAUUUUUUGUAUAGGCGACGAUAUUGAAAGUUAUGGACACAUAGCACCCAAAACUAUUCCAGGGAAGCUUUCCACAAUAUUUUAUGCUAUUGUAGGGAUUCCACUGAUGCUGCUAUGUUUAUCUAAUAUUGGUGAUAUAAUGGCCAGUUCGUUCAGAUUCAUAUAUUGGCGAGUCUGCUGCUACGUCUGCACACGUGAACCGAAAAAACAACAAAAACGACGAAUGCUGAUGAGGCGCCAACAACUGCAACAACAGCAACAGCUUGCUCUCCAAGAACGCUCAGCACGAUAUUCAGGACGCUCACAGAAUCAAGCAUCAAUGAGACGAUCAAUGAGAGCGUCGCAACGUUCAACGGAUUCUGGCAUUGAUCCAUAUUAUGAAAGAGGACAGGAUGAAAGCGGUAGAAUGGGUCAUGCAUAUUCUGACAUGGAUUGCAGAUACUCCGGAGCAAAUGGCGGAGGUAACGGUGAACAACAGCAGCAAUUGUAUUAUGAUGAGCGAGAUAAAAUGCGUGGUAGAUCAUUACAGCGACCGAGACGUGAUCAAAUGCGAGAUGGACGAUUUGGACCUGGCGGUGGUGGUAAUGGUCCUUCAUUAUCAUGUGAACCACGUUAUAGAAAUGAUAAUAGAUAUGCUGAUCGACAUACCGUCGAUAGAGAUAGAUUCCCAAACUAUCAAAAUGAACAGCUUUAUGAUAAUGAUUAUGAUGAUGAUGUUGAACAGCAAGGGGCGCAUGUAUCGAGACGUGAGAGGAUGAGAGAAAGGGAAAUGCGUGAGAAAGAAGUACCGAAUAGACAGCAAAUGAGGUAUUCUGAAGAUCGACAGAUGGGAAUGGAUAGAUCUCCUAGGGUAGCACGUGGGGGUCCCGCAUCACGUGUCCAAUCUCUUGACCGACGAAUGAUGCGUCGUGAUCCAGUAAUGAUAGAAUUUGAGCAAGAACAGCCAUGCAAAGCACCAAUGUAUUGUAAUAAGUAUGCAGUUGAUGAUGAAAUGGAAAAGAGACCUGACCGAAGGCAACAAAAUAUGCGAAGUCAAUCGAUGCCAAGACAGAUGCAGUCCAGAUUUGGGGAUCGUCUAAUGCCGCCACAUCAAGGAUCUAUUAGACGAGAACACAGUGCACAGCCAUAUGACGAAAAUGAUGUAGAUAUGCCAACCCGAAAAGGUAGAAAGCAAACCCGUCCAGUCCCAUCGCCAUCACCACGAAUAAUGUCACCCAUGGGCUUUGCUGUACAUCGACAAGCACGCCACAUUGCAUCAGUAAUGGAUGAGAACUCAAUGUAUGGCGAAGACUGGGACUAUUAUGGUGAGGAUGCACCACCAAUGUCAUAUAUUAAACCAGUUCCAAUUUGGCUUUGUGUCUUUCUUGUCAUUGGUUACAUUCUUGGUGGUGCAUUUCUGUUCAAAGAGUGGGAGAAAUGGGAUUUCCUCGAUGCCGCUUAUUUCUGCUUCAUUACACUUACAACAAUUGGAUUUGGAGAUUUCGUUCCAGCGCAAGGUGCAAAAGAGAAUCCAGAAAUUUCUAUAGCUUUAUGUUCUGUUUAUCUACUGUUUGGCAUCGCUCUACUUGCUAUGAGCUUUAAUUUAGUGCAAGAAGAAGUUAUUGCGAAGGUUAAGAGUGUCGCAAGACGACUUGGCAUCAUCAAAGAUGAUGAAGAGCAGGAAUAACGUUUUGUUUGUGGACAUUAGGAUAAUAUCAGCAUUUUUGAAAGUCUAGUUGAUUAAUUUUUAGUUUGGACUUUUUUGAGUUUGAAAAAUGAUGGAACGGUUGAGUAAGGUUGAGUUUUGAGGAAUUUGAUUGGAUUUCAAGUUUAAUUAAAGUUUUUAUAGCUUGAAUUCAUUUGCUAAUGAUAUAAAGUGCCCUUAAUUUAAUGUGUUACCUUAUGUACCCACAUCCUUUAUACUAGAGGCACCAAUCAACAGAUUUAACUCUUGUCAAUUUAAAAUAAUCAUCCAAAAUAUUUCCGUUCAUUUGAAAAAUCUGUACCUAUACCAAAAGAUAACUGGAGACACCAAUUUUUAGUACUAGGCUAGUGAUUCUCAAACUGUGCAGCCCCUGAAACACUUAUUCAGUGUUAAUGAAUUUAUGAAUUUCGCCAAAUAUUUUACAGCUCGUUUGAAUGCUUUAGCGACACAGUGUGCAUAGUGGAGCAAAGUUUGAGAAGCACUGCAUUUAUAGCAUGUCAAUACUCCUGUCUUCACGACACAAACAAAAUUUAACUACAGAACUAGGCAGUGCUAGAGCAAAAAAUUAAUCCAGCUCCCCUUCUUGAUACAGCACUAGAACUAGAUUUGAGAACUUAAUUUGACAAAAGAUCAACCACAAAAAUUAUCAUAUCAAUAACUUGACCACCAUCGUUCCAACAAAGCUCAAAAAAGUCUUUAAGUGCCUGAAUAUAAUUUUUUUUCAUCCCACUUCGCAUUGCCAUUAAGAAGCUUCUCAAGAAAUUUAUGAUUAUAACCAGAAGGAGCGCACAUACAAAAAAUUUACUUCCUUAUUACUUUUCUUCGUUUCAUUUUUAUGAGAUUUAUGUUUUUCCAUCUUUAUCCACUAAGAUGUGUGGAAAAAAAAUAAAUAUUUGUUCCAUCCAUGUGCUGAAAAUUG